UCUAACAUUUUGCAGCAUUGAAGUUCAUCAGUCAUUAAUUUUUGCGAUGAAGUUUGAUGCUAAGUCACUUGUUUCUACAAUGGCGAAGUUUGAUACCAAGCCAUUUGUAUCUGCAAUGGCCUCAAUUAUGGUAAUGCGUACCAUCAAAAACGAGCUCAUUCCUCAUGAGCUCCUUAGCUUUUUUCAAUGUGGAGUUGGUCAUCUUUCUCGUCGAUUUUCGCCACAAUUCACCGUAGUCAUUGAAGAAUUUCAAGGGAUGGCAAGAAACCAAGUUUUUGAGGCUGCAGAAGCCUAUCUUGGAACUAAAGCAACUGCGUCAGCUGAAAGAAUUAAAGUAAGCAAAGCCGACGAUCAUAAAGAUCUAUCAUUCAAUAUGGAUAGAAAUGAAGAAGUGAGUGAUGAUUUUGAAGGUGUUAGUGUAAAGUGGAAGCUGAUCUGCAUACAAGUAGACUCGUCGCGGAUACGUCAUUACGAUAACGACUCCUCGGCCGUGGCAGAAAUAAGAUCCUACGAGCUGACUUUUCAUAAGAAACACAAGAACAAGAUUUUCAAUUCAUAUUUGCCUUAUGUGAUGGAGAUAGCUCGACAAAUUAAACAAGGAAACAUGGCGAUCAAGAUUCACUCGAACGAAUAUGGUUAUUGGAACCGCGAACCUGUUAAGUUCAACCAUCCAAUGAGUUUUGAUACUCUUGCAGUUGAUGAAAAGCUUCAAAGGGAAAUUGUGAAUGAUUUGGACAAAUUUGUGAAGGCAAAAGAGUUUUAUAGAAGAACCGGGAAAGCUUGGAAACGCGGUUACUUGCUGUAUGGUCCUCCUGGUACGGGCAAGUCUAGCUUGAUUGCGGCCAUGGCUAACUAUCUCCACUAUGAUAUCUAUGACUUGGAUCUCGCUGUUGUUGGGGAUAAUAAGAGCUUGAAGGAACUGAUUCUCGGUAUGUCGAAUCGUUCUAUACUUGUGAUAGAAGAUAUCGAUUGCACUAUAAAAUUGCAGAACCGAGAAGAAGACACUGAAGCCUCUAAUAAUGGACAUAAGGUGACACUUUCAGGACUAUUGAAUGCCACAGAUGGUCUUUGGUCGUGUUGUGCGGAGGAACAUAUAAUUGUUUUCACAACAAAUCACAAAGAAAGACUUGAUCCUGCUCUUUUAAGGCCUGGUCGAAUGGACAAGCAAAUUCAUUUGUCAUAUUGCAACUUUUCGGCUUUUAAGCAAUUGGCAAUGAACUAUCUUUGCAUUACUGAACAUGAACUUUAUGAAAAGAUUGAACAACUUUUAGGACAAGUUGAAGUUACUCCAGCUGAAAUUGCAGAAGAGCUAACAAAAGAUGUUGAUGCUACAGAAUGCCUACAAGACCUUAUCAAGUUCCUUCAAGAGAAGAAAAUGAUCAAGGAAGAGAUUAAGAAUGAAGGAAAUGUCAAAGAAGAAUAAGAACAUUAUGUUAAGUAGAUUAUCUUUAGUUGGAUCUUGAUUUUCCUUUUAAACUUAUAAAGGGAUAUUUCAAAUAAAUAAAGUUCCGAGUUAUUUGUUAUUA